UAUAAAGUUAGUCCACCGCGCUAUUCACAAACGGUGGACUAACUAAUCCAUGGACUAACUUUAUACCCGGGUACUAAAGUUAGUCCAUGGCUGAGUUAUACCCGGGGUAUAACUUUAGUCCAUGGAUUAAAUCAUGAACUGAAGCUAGCAUACUAUUAUAACACUGCACUGAGCAUGCUCAGUAGUGAGAUGAUUGUCUGCUUGUACUGAGCAUGCUCAGAAGUGAUGUGAUGCCAGUUUGCAAUGGAGUCUGCAAAAAACAGAUCUGCCAACUGGCAUCACAGCGAGCGAUCGUAUCUUCUGGAGCUCGUGCAGGACCGUGCCCACAUCUUUGCUAAUAGAGCAAAUGAUGCUCUAAACAACAAAAGAAAAAACCUAGCUUGGGAUGAGGUUUGUUCUGCAAUUAUUGCCAGAUAUGGGAACAAGUGGACCACCGGGCAAAUAAAGACCAAGUGGAAACAACUUCGCAGCCAGGCAAAAAAGGAGUAUGGCGAGUGGAAGAGACGCUCCCGUAUGACGGGAGGAGGGCCACCUCCAGAUCCUCCUUCAUCAGUAACUCUAUUAAUCAAGGAGAUUCUCCCAAGUGACUUUAUCCAGUUGUCUAACCCAUAUGACGAUGAUGCCGGGCUGAAUAAUGAGGCUGUCACAGCCCUGGAAUUUCUAAGCCAUGGAGGUCUGACCACAGGCGAUGAUUGUUUGCAGCAAGAUGAACAGAACAGUCUUCAUCCAGCAACAAGUCAUGAACCAGUUCUUGCAUCAACAAGGCAAGACGAACAGAACAGUCUCCAUCCAUCAACAAGUCAUAAACCAGUUCUUGCAUCAACAAGGCAAGACGAACAGAACAGUCUCCAUCCAUCAACAAGUCAUAAACCAGUUCUUGCAUCAACAAGUCAAGCCAACAUGCAGAACAGUUCCCUUCCAUCCACAACUCAGAAUGGAGACAUUGAAACAACAAGGCAAGACACAACUCGAAAGCUUCAACCUCGUGGAGAGAAGAGGCGAUCAACCAUUCCCCACCAACCAAAAACUAGACCCAAACAUCCACAUAUCCAUUCAAGUGAGGAGAGACUCGUUGAACUGGCAGAGGAAGAGCACCAGAUACGACUUGAAUACAUGAGGAUAGAACAUGAGUAUAGGAUGGAAAUCCUUAAAGUUCAAAAGAAGACUGAAGAGGUGAAGCUAAAGGCUGCUCUUGCCGCAUAUUCCGAGGACUAAA